GUAAAAAUAUCUGCAGACAGCAGGAACACAGGCACAGCUCUCUCUCCCUCUCUCUCUCUCUCCCACCCAUGUGAUCUUUCAGGCAGGCGUCGCUGUGCACAAUCUCCAGCCCUCCGCCGGCUGCAGCUAAUGAGUCUUUGUGUGGCUCGAGCGAAUAAGAGAGAGCGUUCGGUCUGUUUUAGACCGGAGCGUAUGCUAACAGCAGUGGAGACCGGGAGUGCGCGGUUUACCUCUCUCGCCCCGGUCUCCUCUCGAGUCCCAGUGAAAUGGAGGGCCUUCAUUCAGCACGUCUCAUCUGGCUCUGAACGGCGUGAGGGAGGAGAGUAAAGCGGCGGCGGACGCAGCCUGACGGCAGCCAUGAGUGGAAUUCUAAAGAGGAAGUUUGAGGAGGUGGAGGGAGCGUCGCCCUGCUCCUCAUUGAGGGAGUCUGAGGAGGAGGAGAUAUCCAGCACUGAGAGCGGAGACAGCAGCGACAGCGUCAACCCGUCAGCCUCGCACUUCAGCCAUUCUUCAUCAGCAUCAUCUUCAUCAUCAACACACGCACUGCAGCGGACAGCAUCCUCGAUACUGAAGCGGGAGAAGCGGAUGAGGACAAGGAGGGUGCACUUUGAAAAGGUGACUGUGUAUUACUUCAGCCGCAGACAGGGAUUCACUAGCGUGCCCAGUCAGGGUGGCAGUACGCUGGGCAUGUCGAGCAGACACAGCUGCGUGCGACAGUACACGCUGGGCGAGUUCGCCAUGGAGCAGGAGAGAAUCCACAGAGACAUGCUCCGAGAUCACUUGAAAGAAGAGAAACUCAACUCUAUUCGACUGCGGUUGACGAAGAACGGCUCGAUGGAGUCCGAGGAGGCCAAUGCUCUCACGCUGGAUGACAUCUCUGAUGAUGACCUGGAUAUUGAUAACACAGAGGUGGAUGAAUACUUUUUCCUUCAGCCGUUGACCACUAAGAAGCGGCGCGCUCUGCUGCGCUCAUCCGGUGUUAAGAAAAUCGAUGUGGAAGAGAAACAUGAGCUACGGGCCAUCAGGGUGUCUAGGGAAGACUGUGGCUGCGACUGCAGACUCUUCUGUGACCCGGAGACCUGCACAUGCAGCCUCGCUGGCAUCAAGUGUCAGGUGGACCGCAUGUCAUUCCCGUGCGGCUGCACAAAAGAGGGCUGCAGCAACGCGGCCGGCAGGAUCGAGUUUAACCCCAUCCGAGUUCGGACUCACUUCCUGCACACCAUCAUGAAGCUGGAACUCGAGAAGAGCCGCGAGCAGCAGCAGAAUUCCGGCGCCAUCGCGCCGAACGGCAACGGAUAUCACGGCGACCCGAACGGUCACUGCAGCCCGCUGGCGACAGGACAGCAUGCGCUGGAAUAUGCGAUCCCGGAUACAGUCCCGCAGACCACCAUCAUGCAUCUACAGGCCGGCGACGACAUGGACGACACCUUGGAAGAGGAAGAGGAAGAAGAUGACGAGGAUGAGGAAGACGAGGAAGAGGACGAAGACGACGAAGAAGACGAGAACGAAGACGACGAGGACGAGAGCAGCAGUCUGUGCAGUCUAUCCGACUCCAGCACGCAGAGUUUAGCAAACAGCGACUCUGAGGAGGACGAUGACAAUGAGGACGAGGACAAGGUGGAAGAGUUUGACACAGGAUUGGCCAAUAGCGAAGUGGCUCCGCCCCCUUCCGUGAUGUGUUACUCUGAGAAUACGGUCACGUCGGACAACCAAACGAACGGCAACUCCUACUUCAUCAACUCCACCGCGGAGUACUACCCAAUGGAAAACGCUCCGUCCGCACUUUUAGCCUCCGCCAACCAAUCCGGUGAGCCCUACGUAGGGGACACGGCGUCCUAUCAAGACAGGGUUAAUGACUCAAGUAGGGUCAUGUCUCAGGGUCCUUACAAUGUGACCGCUGACCAAUACACGGACUACUCCCAGCAGCCCGAGCAGCCAUACGCCAAUCACCACUUGGCCGUGAUUGGCUGUUGCGCCUCAGAGCCAGACAAGAGCGUCCAAUCCAAAGGGACCUUCCUCAGCCAAUCGGGAGAGCUGAGCCAGAUGGAAUUCCAAAACUAUCUGAACAACAAUACGCAGGAUACGAGUUACAACGCCAACGGGAACUGUUACGUAGCUGAGCAGCCAAAGGAGAUGUCUCACAAUCUGCCUGACGUUUCGCUAGCGGACAACACGAAAGGACCUACUUUACUGGACGCUUUCGCCGAGCCUACUCCGGUUUAGAUUCACUGAGCGCCGCGAGAGUAUAAAAGCAGCCUUCGAUUCUGCACAUCAACGUUUCGUUUUCCUGUUUAAUGUUUGGCGGAUCCAAAAAUAUGUAUUUUUACUGAACUUCGCAAAGAACAAAAAUGAUUUAAACUGCAAAAUCAGAGCGUAUAAGCUUUAGGUUGGAAACACUCUACGCAAGUACGUGAACGCAAAUGCAAGCUUGAUUUUAACGCAAUGGGUCUUGUUCACUAAUAAUUGCGUGGAAUAUUUUGCAUUUGUACGUACAGGAGAACUACUCAUGAAAUUUCUGCCUACGUGUCUACGUGCAUUCUCAACCUUAAAUGAAAUUAGUACUUUGUAUACAAGGGUUUUCCACGCAACAUUUUAAUUUACAUCCUUUUAUCAUCAACAGCCAAGGCCAUCCAUAACAGGGAGAAAAAUGGUGACUAGGGAUGCACAAUAUUAUCAAACCGAUAUUGGAAUUGACCGAUAAUGGCUUUAAAUGUAAAUAUCGGCAUUGGCCUGAUCUGAAAAACUAUGCCGAUAUGUCUUGCCGAUAAGAGGAAUAACUUGUGCUUAGGGCGUGCUAGUGAUUAGAUCAUGUUUAGCAUAGAUCAGCUAUGCUAAAAGUGUUACCGCCAGAACUGGAGAUCGGCUGAAUGGAUUCGAAAACAGUAAAACUCAACUGUUUAACUCUAGGGGAGCUGGAAAAUUAGCUAUUUUCAAAAAAAGUGGUUCCUUUAAGGAGUUUUAAUUCUGUUGGGGGCGUUGUUGGCCUACUCCUAAUAAAAUGAAAGUAAAACAAAAUUUAGACAGUUUCUGAUUAAAUUAAACAGUAAUUGAUGUCAUAAAAUCAUGAGUAUGUUUUGAUUUAAAGGUCAGAAGCUAUACCUUACAUGAAUAAUUAAAAAAAAAAAACAUGACACAUGUAAAUUAAAUAAUUUUAUAUAUACUGAUUUACUCAUUAAUGUGUAAUACGUUACAUUUUUUAAACAAAUUAUGAGCUCUAAAAGAUUUUCGGAAGUUUUACAACUCUUUUGCUUUAGAUCAUCUACAAAUUUUUAAAUAUUAAAAUAAAAUGUUAAGGUUACUGCAUUGAUAUAGUUUAUAGUUAUUAUCAAAGCUUCAGUGUACUGUCAUUAUAAAAUAACUUCAUUAUUGUUUAAUUCUAACAAAUACGUUCUUAUUAAAAACUAACCAAAAUUAAAAAUAAUUUGCUUGUAAUUUUCACACAGGAGAGACUUAUCGAGAUCGGUAUCGAUAUCGGUUAUCGGGCAAAAUAAGUUGCAAAAUAUCGGCAAAAACACAGUAUGGUGCAUCCCUAGACAAUUCAUAUAUUUUUUAUUUUUUUCUAGGCUUUUUUAAAUGUUUUUAUUUAGACAGGACAGUGGAUAACAGACAGGAAAGCAUUGGGUGGAGAGACGGGAGUGAGAUCGGCAAGCGACCACGAGAUGGGAUUCGAACUCGGGUCGCUGCAAACGCAGUUGCGCUGUAUGUCGAUGCACUAACCAUAAGCCCAUUGGCGCUGACAUGUUAAUUCAUCCUAAUGCAAUUAUAACACGAUUAAUUUCAUCUUAUCAUGAAUAUAUGGUCACCAGUAUGCCAUUUUUCCAUGCAUGUGGUUUCAGUACUAUUUUUUUUUUUCUUAAAUUUACAUAAAAUUUUAGUACGAAAGUUCUUGAUUUGUUCAUGAUAUUCGUAUGCAGAUUUCAAGCACAAAUUCAUCCAUACGCGUUCUUAGUGAUAAAUAAGACCCAUUGUUUUUAAAUAAACAGACAUUAGUGGGUAUUCUAGCGCCCCCUGAGGUUUAUUACCGCUAGAGCAAGAACUUAAAGAGACAGUACACCUAAAUAAAUUUUUUUUUUAUGAUUUACUCACCCUCAUGUCAUUCCAAACCUGUUUUGGAGUCCAAAAGAUGUUUUUGUCGAUAAAAUGAAGGGAAGUUGGGUUUAAUGCUGGUUGGAGUCCAAUGUUGUUUACACUAAUGUCUUUUCUUCAGUCAUAUAGGUUUGGAAAGACAUGAGGGUGAGUAAACGACAGAAUCAUAAUUUUUGGGUCAGCUUCGCCGUUGCAAAACAUCAGGCAAGCGUUUACGUACUAGCAUAAAGUCUAUUCCUGGCCUUAGGCUCGUGCAAUGUUUCUUGUAAUUUCAAAAGUUCUAGUUUUGAGCAGAGAUGUGGAUAGAACUUUUCUAUGUAUCUGUGUCAGUGGUGCAAAAAGAAAACAGAAAAAAAAAAGAUUGUUGCUGUUAGUGUUCUGAAGUAAGUGUAUAUCUAAAUGUUUGAUAAAAGCAUGUUUUUUUUUUUAAGCUUUCAUCGCUGGUUUAUGGUUUUGUAAGAGUUCGAUGUACUGUAAAAGAGAAAAUAAUACUGUUGCGUUUCCGUACACAUACUUCAUGCUUUAAAGAGUUGGUGAAAGCAUGAAAACGGCUCUUAAAAUGUGUGCUCUUCAUUUGCCUUUGCUUACAAAACCAAAACCAUGAUAUUUAAGUUGUGAACACGAUACAUUUCCUCAACAUAAUUGCACUUUUCCAUUGGCUGAUGUUACACAGAACCGCAACCAAUUGUUACCUGAGCACUGAAGGGGGCGGGGCUAUCUGGUACCGUGCCAUGACUAAGGCUGCGUUCGGAAUGGAAUACUUGCUUACUGCGUAGUAUAUGCUGCAUACUAUGGAAACUUGUUUCCACCAAGGGAUAAAAAAUAAAAGGUAAUUGCAACUUUUUAUCUCACAACUCAUGAUUCUGAGUUCAUGUCUUGCAAUUAGAGCCGCAAAACGAUUAGUCGCGAUUAAUCGAUUCAAAAUAAAAAAAUUUUGUCUGCAUACUACGUGUGUGUACUGUGUAUAUUUAUCAUGUACAUAUAAAUACACACACAUACAUGUAUAUACUAGGGAAAAAUGUUAGAUUUAUAUGUAAAAUAUUUAUAUUUCUAUAUAAUAUAAAUUAUUUACAAGCGUUUACAUACAAAUACAAACAAUACAUACAUAUAUGUGUAUGUAUUUAUAUAUACACAUAAUAAAUAUAGACAGCACACACACAUAGUAUGCAAACUUAUUUUGAACUUAUAAACUUAUUUUGAAUCGAUUAAUUGUGACUAAUCGUUUUGCGGAUCUACUUGCAAUUCUCCCUUUUUUUCGCAAUUCUGUUUUUUGUUUCCACCGCAAAAUGAAAAAUGUAAUUACUACUUUUUCUUACGAUUCUGGCUUUUCUCGCAGUUGCGAGUUUAUAUCUUGCGUUGUGAGAUAUAAAGUCGCAAUUACCUUUUUUAAAAUUUCCAUGGCAAAUUUUUUAAACGGUUCAUGGCAGAAACUAGCUUUCAUAGUAUACUAGCAACUAUUUUAAAAUAAAAAUAAAAAUCGAAAAGGUUAGAUAUUUUCAUAUUAAAAUGCAUAAUGAAUAUUUGCAGGUUAAUUAAAUAAUGUCAAGAAAAACAAAAUAGUCCUUCAUAUUGCUUUUGUGAAGUGCACUGCAUUUUUGAAUACAGUAUGGUGUGCAGUAAACACAUACUGUUAACACAGUAGUAUGUUGGCAUGCUAUUCCGAACACAGCCCUAGACUAUGUUUUUAUAACAUAUCUCCAAGUUUUUAGUGGAGACAUGAAGUAUGUUUUUCCAUGACACUAACGAAAAAUAUAUAUCACAUCUAUCUGCAUUUGUUUCAAAUGGCAGAUAGGAGACAGAAGGUUACAGUAGUUAGAUAACAGAUUUAACUUUUUAAACCAGAUUACGAUAAUGAAAAUGAUCAAACUCUUUGUCUUAUGAAACUCUGAGAUACUAAAGUCUUAAAUUAUCUUUAGGAUUAUACAGGGAUUUCUGAUGAAAUGCACUUUGAAAUGCAUCAAGUUACUGCGAACGAAGCAUUCCGUUUCUGUCAGGCGAAGAUGAUUUUAAAAAGUGUUUAAAUGACAAAGUCUAGAAUACAAAUUAAGUCAUAUUAGGUUUGUACAAGGUAAUACUCUACAUUUAUUGCAUAACUGAAAGUUUUGAAUGGCGAUUUUCUCAAUUUAUAGCGAGAAAUAUUUUAUGGCAUGAUGUAAAAAAUAUUCUCUCAGUAACUGUGCUGAAGAUUUUGAGAGAAAAAAUAAGAAUUAUUCUUGUCAUGGUUAUUUAAUUUAAAAAUCAGCUUUGACUGAAUAAAUAAUUCUGAAGAGUAAUUUAAGUGCAAUAGUUUACAGUGUGAUAAUGCCUCACAUUUGAAAGGAGUGAAUUCAUUUCACAUCAGAUUUCCUCCCAUGUUAAAGGGAAAGUUCACUCGAAAACAAACAUUCGGUCAUUAUUUACUCACCCUCAUCCAGGUCAUGCCAAACCCGUAUGCUAGAGAACUGCUAUGACAUGAGGGUGUUUAAAUAAUUACAGAAUAAUCAUUUUUGUGUGAAGUAUUACCUUAAAGCACUGACGAGUUGAGAAGCUGUUUUUAACGCACAAACCUUAUGAUGCAUCUGUCAGUUUGUUUAUCCUCUUGAUGGAAAGAGAGUCAUUGUCCAAUGGAGAAUGUCUCUCAAUAAGCUCAAGACAGGACAAUCAAAUGCCUUUAUGUCAUCAACAUUGUAGCGUGACCUCGUGGGGAUCCUUAAAGGUGAAGUGUGUCAUCUUAAACUCACAUCUCAGCCUAAUAUGCAGAACUAAAUGUAGGACCUUUAACCUCAUGCAUUAACCCAGCAAUUUAUGAUAUAAACAGUCAUUAAUGUGAUACAUAAAUGGUCAAAAUUAUGAUAUAAACAGUUAAAUGUUUUAUGAGAUAAAGUUAUAAUUGUCAUAAAAAAAGUCAAUUUUUGUCAUAAUUAUGACUUAUUAUCUCAUAAUUUUUACUUUUUGUCACAUUCCACUUUUGAUGUCAUAAUUGCUCUCAAUUUAAAUUUUUUUGAAUAAUUACAACUUUUUAUCUCAAAAUUCCAACUUUUGACACUUUCCAAUUUUGAAGUCAUAAUUGCUGUCAAUUUAAAUUUUUUUGAAUAAUUGUUACUUUUUAAUCUUAAAAUUCCAACAAUUUAUCUCAUAAUUUUGUCACUUUCCACUUUUGAAGUUGUUGGCAAUUAAUUAAAAAAAAAAAAAUAAUUAUAAUCUUUUAUCUCAAAAUUCCAAUUGUCAUAAUUUUAACUUUUUGUCACUUUCCACUUUUGAUGUCAUAAUUUCUGUCAAUUAAUUUUUUUUUUUAAUAAUUAUGACUUUUUAUCUCAAAAUUUUAACUGUUUAUCUAAUAAUUUUGACUUUUUGUCACGUUCCACUUUAGAUGUCAUAAUUGCCAUCAAUUUGAAUUAUUUUGCAUAAUUACGACUUUUUAUCUCAAAAUUUCAGCAGUUUAUGUCAUAUAUCCACUUUUGAUGUAAUAACUGCUUGUCAGUUUCUUUUCCUUUUUUUUUUUUUUUUAUCUCAAUAUACCAAAUGUUUAUCUCAUAAUUUUUGUCAAUUUUGACUUUGGAUGUCAUAUAAUUUUUAUGACUUUAAUCAACUUCUGAUGUCAUCAUUUUGUAAUAAUUUCAACUGUUUCAUUUUUUUUUUUUUUUUUUUUUUUUUGUUUUUUUGACUUUUAGUCACUUUCACCUUUUAAAGUCAUAAUUAAGACUUAAGAAUCCACCCUGAACAUCCGGAAAACGGUGCAGAAAUGACACAUUUCACCUUUAACGAUAUAACAAACGAAGAGAGAAGAUGUGUUUUCAGAAACAAAUUCUGAAAAUACCGAAUGUUGCAAUGGGAAUCUGGGCAGCAGCAUUGGAUCACUGCCUUGGCUAAAGUAACCAGUGGUUUACUUAAAAGCGAAUGCCUUCAUUUUCGGAUUCAUUUUUGCCAUAAUUUCUGAUUCUACGAUAGCAAAUUCACACUGUGUUUUGCCUUCUAGAAUUUAUUUUCUGGACACAGGUCCAGAUUUGUCUUUAAUUCACCUCUUGACUUACACACACACACACACACACACAGUGCUGGUACAACAGACCUCAGUCUUUGAUGCAUUAUGGGAUAUGAAAGACACGUGUACAGAUGUAAUGUCA